AUCGUCUAGCAUGCUAUCAUCAGAGUUGAUCGGAAAUUGGAAUGGACGCGGCGGAUUCAAAUAACCCGCAUAGAAAUAUCGACGGGAGCCUUUCGUCCUCGUUUCUCUACCCGUUCGGGCCAUCAGUUUCGAAAACCCAGCGCGGCGUUCCUGCAAAACCCUCGAUAGACGGAGGCGCAUUUUAAUUCCGCGAAGAAGCUUCGUUUCUACUCCAAUCUCUUCGUCUCAGCAUGGACCUGCAAUGGGGAAAUGAUGAUGAAUCAGAAUCAAUAGGCAUUGAAGAUGAAGACUGCAAUAUUGACUCAGUCUUUGAACAAGAGAGAUGUGGGAUAUGCAUCGACAUUGUAAUUGAUAGAGGGGUGCUUGAUUGUUGUGACCAUUGGUUUUGUUUUGCAUGCAUUGAUAACUGGGCUAUCAUCACAAAUCUCUGCCCAAUUUGCAAGAAUGAGUUUCAACAUAUUACGUGUCUUCCGGUGUAUGACACCAUCAGAAGUAUCAGAUUAGAGGAACAUCCUCCUUCCAGGAAUGAGGAUUGGUAUUUUCAGGGGAAGAACAACACACUUUCAUUUCCUUCAUACUACAUCAGUGAAGAUGCAGUGCAAUGUCUAGAAAAUGAUGGUUGCAAGAUACGAAGUAUGAUGCAAGAAACUGAAGAUGAUUUAAGUUUUGAUACCUCAAUUGCUUGUGACUCGUGUGAUACAUGGUAUCAUGCUUUCUGUGUGGGAUUUAAUCCUGAGUUUACAUCUGAAAAUUCAUGGUUGUGCCCAAGGUGCAUAAACAAUGAAGUGCCACAAAAGUUAGGUGCAGUUUCAUUACAAAGCUCUUUAAAAUAUUCUUCUCCACAAACUGCUGAAAUUGGAUGGACAGUAGAUCCUUCUCUCUCUGGGAAGGUAGCAGUAUCUGUUGAUGCUGGUGAGACGGCUGUUGUUGUCUCAAUGAUUGAAGGGAAACAGAAGACAGAUUGUGGGACGUCCUUUUUUGAUAGUCUUGAUUCCAAGAAGGAUUUAGUGAUAGAAAAAUCUUCAUUUUAUUCAGAUUUUGAAAAUUCUGCAACAGAUUUUCAACUGAACAAUGGAAGUUGCAUUCAAGUUUCACAGAAUAGCUUGCUUUUCAGUGACGAUAAAGAGCACCAUACCAAUGCAUCUGAUGUUAAUAGCAGCUCUGAAUGUAUUUUUGAUAUAUCACCUGAGAUCAUUGAUUUCCAACCUUAUGCUGAAUUGAAGGAAGCUACAAUAUCAUCUUUUUUCGAUGAUGCUGCUUCAAACAAACAAAGGAAUGAUAUAUCGGAGUCACAACAACCGCUAACAUUGCAGGAUGUGCCAUUUUCGUUAUCUUAUUCUGAAGCUAAUGAUAAAGGGAUAACUAUCAAUGCUCUUGCAACAUCUCUUUCAGUAUAUUCUGAUGUUUAUGUGGAUUCAUCUUCUGUGGCUCAUGGCACACCUAAAGCCAAGGAUGAACCAGACAAUAGUUCUGAUAACAUUAUUGGCACUUGCUCAGCUGCUGCUCCUCUUUCAUCAGUUGACAACAUGGUGACAAGCUGUAACGAGGAUAUGGUGGUUGAUAUUUUCCAAAAGAACAGGGAAGGUUGCAACUUGACUGAAAAGCCCACGAUGAACAUGACAUGUUCGAUAAAUAUGAAUGGGAACAAUGGUUGCAAUAGGAAAAAGGAACCAGAAACUGUAUAUCCUAUGAAGAAACUAAAAUUGGAUGGAAAAUCUAAAACUUUUCCUGCAGGAAAUCAAUCUGAUUUGUCUUCUUUAGAUGUGUCUCAAGUGCGCUCAAGAGAAAAUAGAGAUGCUAGAUUAAGAUAUGCCAAAAAAGAUGAUGCCGAGGCCCCAGAUAUUAUGAGCAUAGUUCAAGAAAGUUAUAGCACUUCCCAUGAUAUGCCAGCAGAAAUGAAGGCUGCUAAUAAAUCCAUAGGAAAAAAAGAUGGUGCUUGUGGGUUGAGAGUGAAAAAGAUCAUGAGAAGAGUUGGAGAGAAAAAAGAAUCAUCCAUCAUAGUUCAAGAACUAGGGAAAGAGAUAAGAGAAGUGGUUCAACAUAAAGCCUCGAAAGGCGGUGGAAAGAGUAACUUUGAUGAAAAGCUUCUGGAAGCAUUUAGAGCUGCAAUAGUAAGACCAAAGACCAAAUUGACAAGUAGGUCUGAACUUGUUCAUAUAGGAGCAAAAAAGCCUCUUCUUAUUAAAGGAAAGAAACGUGAAAAUCUUACCAAAAAGAUUUAUGGAACUGUAAGUGGAAGGAGAAGACAUGCAUGGGCGAGGGAUCUGGAGAUUGAGUUCUGGAAGCAUCGAUGUAGAAGAGCACAACCCGAUAAGGUUGAGACACUGCAAUCAGUUCUUGAACUCUUGAAAAAGGCUACUGAUCCUAACUGGAAUAGCUCAAUGGAACGAGAUUCUCAUGAGGAAAGUGAAGACUCCAUCUUGUCUAGAGUAUAUAUAGCUGAUGCAUCUCUAUUUCCUAGAAAAGAUGAUAUAAAGCCUCUGUCAGCAUUGUCAGGAAGUUCUCAGCUUGAUAACCAUAUUCAGGAAAAGGAAGGAAGCUCGAUAAAUAUUGCUAGGGGUACUUUGAAUGAUGAUAAAAACUCAAAGAAAAAUUCAAUUCAAAUUUCCAAAAACUCAUUGCAACUUAAAGCUAACUAUUGUGACAGUAUAGGCAAAAACAUACAUUCUUCAUGUUUCCCAGGAGAAACUUCAAACUGUAAAGCAAAUUCAUGCCAAGCAGCAGCAGACCCACUUCAAAGUUCUGGCUCUAGCGGCUCUAAAGACAGUAUAGCAACUUCAAAGGAGCAUUCUUGUCUAUCUGAUGCUAAAACUGAUAAAAGGAAAUGGGCCCUUGAAGUUCUUGCUAGAAAAACUGCUUCAGCAAACUUAAAUGCUAAUAAUAAAGGGCAAGAGGAUGGUGAUUUUCUCAAGGGAAAAUAUCCUUUACUAGCACAACUACCUCAAGAUAUGAGACCUGUGCUAGCAUCCACUCGGCAUAAUAAAGUUUCUGGAUCUGUUCGGCAGAUACAACUCUACCGUAUCACUGAACACUACCUGAGAAGAGCAAAUCUACCUGUUAUUCGAAGAAUUGCUGAGACAGAGUUGGCUGUUGCUGAUGCAGUUAAUGUUGAAAAGGAUAUUUUUGAAAGGUCAAACAGCAAGUUAGUUUAUGUAAACCUUUGCUCACUGGUUGUAUCUCAACUUGUUAACAAGCCAGUAUCACCUGAGGAAAACGCCUCCAAUUCCCCAAAGGACACUUUAAUGAUUUCUAACGAGGUCGCUGAAGGCACAAAGUCUGAUACUGAAACUGAUAACAACCCAGAAUCAGCUGAGAGAAAUGUCUCCAAUUCAACAUUGCCUGCUUCAGAGGUUUCGAAUGAGGCUUUAGGAGAGAGAAGUUUUAGCCCUAAAGUUGGUGGAUGGAGCAAUGUGGAAGAGGCAUUGAAAUUGGCUGGCCUAUUUUCUGAUUCUCCUCCUAGCAGUCCCUAUUGUGCUACAAAUAUUUCCAAUGAAGAUGAAUCUACUCAAGAAAAUGUCAAUGAUGGCAUUAAUUAUGAUUCUCAGAGUAAUAUUCUACAUUCCAUGGAUAUAGAGCGAGAUGUUUCCAUGACUCAAAACUCUGGAAAAGCAGUAGCGGCGUAUGAUUGCAUCAAUGUGGAAGUAAAGCUACCAUUUGAUUUUUCAAAGUCAUUAGAAGAACAGAAAGAAAGCGAACCAGAUAACUCACAAGCAGAUCACCGGAUGGAAAAUGUCCUUCCACGAAAUAUGCCUGAGAGUGGACUAUUUGAUGAACCUUCUUUAGAAGAAUGUGAGGGGGACAACGAGGACCAUCCUAUGGGCCAGAUAUCUGACGAGGCUGUAGAAGUGUUGAAUAAACCCCUGGUAAUAGGCGAGGAACCAAACCCAAUUUCUGGUUUAAAGGAGAAUUGUAUAUUAAACGAUGCAGCUAGAGUUUCUGUGACGGACACCGAGAACUGCACUAGUGGCCCAGAUGGUGGCUCGGCUCAUGUUGAUGAAACAUUAGCUGGGGUAGCGAACUUGGAAACUCAUUCAAGAGAGAAUGUACAAAAUAAUCCAGACAUUUGUGAUACUAUUCCAAGUGAGGAAAUAGCCAAAUUGACCAAUGACAAAUCUGAUCUCACUAUAUCCAUCUCUAAAAAGGUGGAAGCCUAUAUUAAAGAACACAUCAGACCACUAUGCAAGAGUGGUGUGAUCACCGUUGAGCAGUACCGAUGGGCGGUUGGGAAAACCUUAGAUAAAGUGAUGAAAUUUCAUCGCAAGGCCAAGAAUGCAAACUUCCUUAUUCGAGAAGGGGAGAAGGUUAAGAAACUUGCUGAACAAUAUGUUGAGGCUGCACAGCAGAGAGAAUUGAGAUAGAUAAAAUAUCUUCUUGACUUGCACUUUUGCCACUUUUUUGAGAAGACUUCCUUUUGACAACCACGGUUAUCCUGGAUCCACCCUGGCAAUUGCACCUCUGCCUUUAUCAGACUUUCAUUGUCUAGCUUCUCGCAAAUUCUCCAUAUUUGUCGAGCUAGAACUAUACAGCUCGGAAGUGCUGCGACAUCCAACCUGGUUGUAAGCAUAUUUCCUUUGGUUUUCUCACUUUCUAGGAGACUUGGAAUGCUUCAAUUAUAUAUAUUAAGAGUUACUAGUGAAGAUCCUCCUAUGAUUGCACCAUUGUUAUUGUCCUUGGCCCUCCACUAAUUGCUAAAAUGCACAUAUCUCUAUCAACCCAUUCGAUUUCAAUCAUUUUCAUUAUGACGGAACUACACCUAUUGCAUGAUCAAAACCAACUUCUACUAGGCCAUGCAAAGGGGGAGAAAUUAUUAGGUGCGGAGACCGGACGUAGAGAUAUGUCCAGACAUCCACUUAAAAUUUGACAUAUGGAGUGCAUUUUGGUUGCGCUUUACCUGUAUUUUAGUUGCGCAGUUGCGCUUUGACUGCACUUUUGUUGCGUUUUUUUACUGCGCUUUUCUUUUGUUGCGUUUUUUUAUUGCGCUUUGACUGUGCUUUACCUACGCUUUACAUUCGCUUUAGUUACACUUUAGUUGCGCUUUGACUGCUCUUUUGUUGCGCUUUUUUACUACGGUUUUAUUACGCUUUGGCUGCGUUUUGGCAGUGCUUUGGCUGCACUUGGCUUAAAAUUCUGCAUACACAUUAAAUAUAUAAAGUAAAAAAUAAAUACAGUGUGUCCAUUCGACAUGUCAAAUUUUAAGUGGAUGGCCGGACGUAUUUCUACUUCCGGUGUCCGCACCUAAUAAUUUUCUGCAAAGGGGUGGUGCAAUGUUGCUUGUGCAAUUCCUGCGAAGCAGAGAUGGAAAAUUUUGAUAUAAGCUAUUGUUCUCGGCGAUGCUAUACAUACUGGUGACAAAGAUAUCAUGAAUCAUUUGCAGUAUACCAAUUUUGGUAAAACAGCUCCUAAGUGCAAUCUGAGUUUGCGUCUGUAGGUACCAUGAUUUCACAAACUAUCCCACGUCUUUAUGCUUAACUGAUUUUUACAUAAAUUUAGUUCCUUCAAUCUAGAUACAGGUGAUUAUUUGCUGCAUAGUUCUCAAAAUUGAGAGGUUUCUGAGAUUUUUGAGCAGAGAAAGAUCCCUGUUGCUGCAUCUGAUGAAAGCUGGAGAGUUAAAAGAGGAAACCUGCUUUAGCUGUGUCAAUGUUUGUGGAAGGAGUGUGGGAUCAAGAGCCUUCAAUAUUGGAUAUAAAAUUGAAUUAUCGACUUCAAUUUUCUAUUUUGAUGCCUGUACAAGGUAAUUUUUUUGGUAAGUGCCAUAAUGACUUUUAAAGCCCCAUUUUUGUAAUAUUUUACCUUUUACUAUUUUAAAGCUUUUUUUUUUCCUCUUUCCAUCAGCAA